UCAAAAGGUGAAAUGAUGAGAUGAAAGGUGUCAACUUUUGACAAUAAGGCUAAAUCAUUGAAAAUAAGGAAUUUUCAUCAAACCUUAUCACUUUGCACGACCAUUAUUCUGAAAAACAGAGAGAAAAGAAAACCAAAAACCAUUUCUUGGCUGGUUUGAAGAAAUUCUAAGGAGAUCCAAGUGAAAGCAAAGCCAAAGAAGUAGAUUAAGCUUAGUUCUAGCCUUUUUAUGAUAUUUCUUGGGGUUUCCAAGUGGUUUGAGGUUUAGAAAAGCUUGAAGAGAUUGUUUUCGCCGAAAAGUUGCUCGGAUAAGCACAUCAAUACCUAAGACAUCACUUGUUACACGGUGAAAUAUAUUGUGGACAAAAGGUAGAGAAAGAAAUAUGUGAAUGAUAUGAGGAGAACUGAAGCAUGGUCCUGACCCUGAUUUGUACAUAUGAACACAUCGACCUUUUUGUGGGUUAUUUCAGUUAUCAGUGAGAUGUUUGUAAUAAAGUGUGAAGUUAUGUUUUGAAAAUAAAUUGGGUUAUUUAAUACUUAUGUAUAAUAUGUUUGAGACACACUUUAUGUUUAAUGUAAAUAAGGUGAAAUAAGUUUUCAAGUUUAAAAAAAAAAAAAAAAAAUGUCCAGACUUCCGCAGAAAUAAAUUAUGAUAUAGUUUUAAAACGUAACACCUCAAAUAUGGUUUUUAACUAAAAUAAGUGAGGGUGUUACAAGUUGGUAUCAGAGCGCCAUGGUUAAAAUGUUCUUGUAGACCGUUCAUAUGUACACAUUGAGGAAAGGAUAAUGCUCAGUUCAUCUGUAAGUUUUAUGUGUGCAUUUAUUAUGUGCUGGUUGCAUGCAUCAUGUGCUUUAUUGGCUAAAUGACAUAAGUUAUGGACAUUUUGUCUUAAAAGAUAUAUAAUAACACAGAUGGAUCAUGAACAUGGAAUUGGGGCUACUGAAGGCUCUUGCAGCAAUAAAUAUGAACAAGAAAUGGCUCAACUUCGAGCGGUAGUGAAUAGACAGGCUGAACAAAUUGAGAAGUUGUUAGCAGAACAACGACAAAGGCAAGCACCAACACCACCUACUGAAACUCCAACACCUCCACAAGCUCCACCUCCACAAGCUCCACCUGCAGUGCACCCCAUGGAACCAUUAUAUGAACGGUUCCGAAAACAACGCCCACCAGUAUUUGAAGGUAGCACUGACCCACUUGACGCACAAGACUGGAAGAGUUCUUUAGAAGACAUCUUUGAGUUCAUGCAACUAAGUGACAGGGAAAAAGUUUCUUGUGCUGCACAUACACUUAAAAAGGAUGCUAAGAUCUGGUGGGAAGUGGUUAAGCAGACUAGAGAAGUGAAUCAGAUGACUUGGGCAGAAUUUGAACUGGUCUUCAAUGAGAAGUUUUAUAAUGAAGCUGUGUUGACUGCCAAAGUAAGUGAGUUCACUAGAUUGCAACAGGGGAAUCUAUCAGUGGCUGAGUACGCCAGGACAUUUGACCGGUUAGCCAAGUUUGCACCAGACUUGGUUAACACUGAAACUAGUAGAGUGAAUCGCUUCCUGGAGGGUCUACAACCAGAAUUGGCUAGAGAUGUAGAUAUGGGACGUACAGGGCCUCUUUCUUAUGCUCAGGCUGUGGAGAAAGCUUUGAGAGCUGAACAUAGAGAAGAAAAAAUAACAAAAGCUAAAGCUGCUACUAGCACGCCUCGUAGAGACACUCCAUUCAACAAAGAACAAAGCCGCUUUCACAAUGACAACAAAAGAGGGGCCCAGAAUUUCCAAUUUAGACAAGGACAGAAUAAGAAAUUUAAAGGAGGUCAGCAAAACAGGCAACCUGGAUUCCAACAAAUGCCACGAUGUCAAACUUGUGGAAAGAAUCAUUUCGGGGAGUGCAGGCUUCUAACUAAGAGCUGCUUCAAAUGUGGCAAGGGGGAUCAUUUUAUCAAAGAUUGUCCAUUGAUGAAGAACCAACAAAUGAAGGAUGAACCUCAGAGGACAAAUGCUAGGGUGUUCACGAUUACUCAGGCUGAUGCUGAUACCAACAACUCUGUUGUGUCAGGUGAUAUUUUUGCAUCUGGUAUUCUCACUCAUGCAUUAAUAGAUUCAGGUGCCACGCAUUCAUUUGCAUCAUUGACAUAUGUAAAAAGGUUGGGUGGAUCGUGUGAAAAAUUGUCAGAAGUUUUUAGUACAAUGUUACCAUCUGGAGAGAUUCUGUAUUCUACUCAUUGGUUGAGGGGGGUUCCUAUUUGCAUUGAUGGUAGGGAAUUAUAUGCUGAUCUAAUAAUGUUAGAGAUGGCCGAUUAUGAGGUGAUUUUGGGUAUGGAUUGGCUUUCAAAGUAUAAUGCCACUAUUGAUUGUAGAAGGAAAACAGUGAUAUUUAAGCCUUCGGAGGAAGAUGAGUUUAUGUUUACUGGAGCGACAUCGAAAGGUUGCAUUCCAUUAAUUUCUGCUAUGAAGGCCAGGCGACUGUUGGAAAGUGGAUGUGUGGGUUAUCUCGCCAGUGUGGUUGACACGUAUAAGGAGCAAAAGUUAAAACCGGAAGAUGUACCGGUAGUUAGAGAUUUCUUAGAAGUAUUUCCAGAAGAUUUACCGGGAUUGCCUCCAGACAGAGAAAUUGAAUUUGUGAUUGAGCUACUUCCUGGUACAGCCCCUGUGUCCAAGGCACCUUAUAGAAUGGCACCAGCAGAACUAAAGGAAUUAAAGAUACAAUUGUAAGAACUCCUGGAUAAA